UCGUACUUCAUUCAUUACUCAUUAUUUACGUUUUUCUUUCAAUAAUUGUUUAGAAUUAUGAAUUCACAAUAAUUUUAGUAUGAAAAUCACAAACAUUUGAGAGGUUAGAUAGACACGUCGCAAAGUAUUCCAAAAUAAUAGGGCAGACUAAUAAAAAAUCGAAAUAAAUAGAGUGUACAGAAAUGAUUGGUGUAUUAAAUUUGGCGAAUGCUGUUUUUAGAUCCUGUCUAGUUAGCAGUUCACGCAAUAUUUCCACAUAUAUACAUCCAUUAUAUUUUCGAGCGACUGAAGUUCUUUUAGGGGAACCACUUAAAAAGAAGAAAAGACUUGAUCCUGCAAUUGUUAGAGCCAGAGAAGAGAGGAGGAGAAAGAAACUACAAAAGAGAAUGCGUCAGUUAGAAAAACAUGCAAAUCAUAUGAAACCAAUUUUUGAAAUAGAUACAUUACCUGAGUUAUUACAAAAUGAGAAAAGAAGUCAUCACUUGUCUGUACCAUUGUCAGAAAAAGAAAUAGAGAGGCGAAAAUCAUUAGAAAAAGAAUGGUGUAAAUAUAAACACGCUCAGUGGAUAAAGGAUUUACAUGUUAUAAACUCUAUUAUGAAGUCACAAGAAAUAGCAUUGAAAGAAUUAAAAGCUGUUUCAAAGCAACUUUAUAAAAAAGCAGUUGAAUUUGAUGAUUUAUACAUGCCGUAUAGCGUAACAGGACCGGUAUAUACUGCACCAAUAAAGAAUUAUGAUAGUCCGGAUGGUGAAUAUAUAGAGACCACUGUUAAAUACGUAGGAGAAUAAUUAUGUAAAAUAAUAGAAAUUAUUGGAAACAUUUUGUGUUGGAGAUUUUAAAAUGUGAGGAAGGGAAAGUAUUUCUUAAAAAGCUGUUGUAUGAAUAUAAUUCUUAUUAAUUUGCGUUGAUUUUAUUUUCAAUUUGCCAAGUAACGGAUGUACAUUUAAUAGAAAAUUCAAUUUGUAAUUCAAACAGAAUAUAAGGUUACGAUCCCGUUAACAAAUCAUUUGUUAUUUCAUGUGCGAUUAUAGAACAUCAAUGUUUAUAACACAAAUGUAAUAACUUUGCUUUUUAUUGAUUUUUUUAUGAAUAAUAAUUUGUAUGGAUAACGAA